AUCAGAUUUACCGCUAGCUUCUAUUUUCCUGUACUUAGGUGUUCCCUUCAAGCCCGGCGGCUAUAUCGAUAGCAAACAACUUGUUGAACAAAAUACCUUAAAGGCCCUGAAAACAUUCAAUCAACUCACAGCUAUUGGUGUCAACCCUACAGGCUUCAGCCGGCUACUAGCAGCUCGCUUCUAUCCCAAUAUCAUUCGUCCUCCAUUGGACUACGGAUUGGCUAUUAUCAAAUAUAAAAAGUGCAUCGUCGACCCCUUGAAAAAGGCACCAACACAAUGCCUUCGCCAUAUCUUUGGUGAUUCUUCCCGUUCAUCCGUGCACAUUAUGCUACAUCUGUUAAAGUUUCCAACGAUGCGUGAAAGACUCCACAUUCUCCAGGCGAAAUUUCUACUGCGGCCCCAAAGCCUACCUGCUAACGCCCUGCCAAAGUGCCUACUUCCUUAUGUCACUCAGGCCACUAGCAAAUCCCUUUGGUCCCAACUGUCACAAUCCAAUACAAUUUGGAGAAGGCAUUCACCAUUUCGCGAUAGGAAGGCUUUACAACAGGCCAUCAAAGCAUAUCGUCAAGAGAACUUAGACGCCAUCCGUUCAGCGCCCAACUCAAAGUUAGUAAGACAAUGCCAUCCUAAUAUCUCUCUUGAUCCCAACCUUUGA